AUGGUGCUUCAAGACAACAGUUCAACAAACAAUACAUAUCGAAGUGAAGACACAAACAGUUCAACAAACGAAUCACAGGAGAAACACACACUCAGUCAACCACCCGAGGUUGAAUUAAAAAUUAUUCUUCUCGGAGCCACCGGUUCUGGUAAAAGUACAGCAGGAAAUGUGUUGCUACAAAAACAUGGAAAUGAUAAAGGGUUCAACACAUCGUGUUUUGCAAAAUCAGAAACGAAAUCGUCUAUAUUACAAUCUGUUAACAGACCAAUGGACACACACGAAGUAAGCAAGAAAUACAAAAUUGAUAUCAUUGACACACCUGCAAAACGAGAUACAGGACUUUCAGAUUGGAAAUUCGAAAAUGAGAUGAGAGAAGCGAAACGACUGUCAUCACCAGGACCACAUGCUUUUCUUUUGUGCAUUCCAGCGAAUGGAGUUUUGGAAUAUUUUACAGAGGAUGUCGAUUACUACAACAAAUACUUUGAUGGUGCACUUUAUGAUUCUACUAUAGUUGUUUUUACUAGAUGUGAUCAGUAUAAAUACGAGAACAACCGUGAGUUCGACAGCAAUCGUGCCAUGGAACAACACCAUGUCUUAAAGAAAAUGAAAAAACAUAUCACAUUAAGUAACACAUUAAGUGAAGAGGAGAACAUAAGGAAAUUGGAUGAAGUUAUCGGCCAUAUCAUCGAUCGAAAAACCUCCCCAAGUGUUCCAUUUUGCAUGUGGUGCCAGAGUACUGAUGCAGCCACGAAAUCAACAGGCAAAAACAGUGUAAUGAUAUACAAAAAGGAAAAACCGUUUCAUGCGGAUGGAUUAACAGAAACAAAACCUCCCGAAAAUGAAUUCAGAAUUAUUCUCCUUGGAGCUACUGGAUCUGGUAAAAGUUCUGCAGGAAAUCACUUACUGAAAAACAAAAAAGGAUUUAAAACGUCGUGCUAUGCAAACUCAGAAACUAAAAAAUCGACACUUAGAACACUGACAUGGGAAAAGGAUUCAAAAACUUACAAGAUUGAUAUCAUUGAUACACCAGCAAAUGUCAACACUGGACAAAGAAGAGAGGAUGUAGAAUGUGAAAUAAAAAAGGCUAUAGCUUUAUCGGCACCAGGACCACACGCGUUUCUUGUGUGCAUUUCAGCAACUUCAUCUGUUGAACGCUAUGAAGAAGUUUUAGAGCCUUACAAACGAUAUUUCAAGGACAUUUCUGAUUUUAUUGUAUUAACAUUAACUAGAUACGACCAGCUCAAAAGUGAAAAGGGACACGAAUUCGACUUUGAACAUCUGCUUGCACUUACCGGUAAGAAGGAGGAUGAUUUAAUCAUUCUACGAAAAAACGAUGAUGAGGACAACACUGAUGACCUUAUCAACAAAAUUACAAAGUCAAUGGACCAAAGAAAACAGGAAUUCGCCAGCUGUAAUGGAUUGUCAGAGACUUUUAAGAUGGCUGUUGGUUUUUUAGAAUUCCAGCCGCAUUUUUUAAAGGAAAUAGAAAGAAGACAUCAAGAAGAGCACAUCAUAAUAUCUGGUAAACGUGGUUAUGGUAUCGAUCUAGUUUGUAAUGCUUUACUUGGAAAAGAUAAUGCAAAUAACUCUCCAACAAGAGAUAAUGGCCACACACUUGGAACCAAAGGGACAAAAAAUACAUCCUCUUCAAGAAAUCUAGAAUUUCACGGUUCUAAAAGAAAACACGGAAGACAUGUAAAAUUAACAUUUGUGGACGCAAACGACAAGGAAUCGUUAUCGUCACUAAUAAUUUCAGAAGAAUACUCUGUAUUGUUUUGCAUCCCUGUUUCAUUCCGCUUUACAAGUGAAGAUUUAAAUUUAUUGGAAACUUAUCUGAAGUAUCGUCAAAGAGAAGAUCGUAGAAAAAUCACAAUAGUGUUUACGUAUAGUGAACGUUUAGAAGGUGUAACAAAGGAAAAUUAUAUUAAGAAUCUUCCUCAGAAGUUACAAGAUUAUUUUACAAAAUUCGGAGGCAGCUACAUGUUCCUGGGUAGUACACAAAAUGAAAAAGACGAAAACAAACGCAAUGCAAAACGCUUGAUCAAAGCAGAUAAUAGCUUAGAAUUUAAAUAUAGAUUUAAACAGUUGAUGUUGUUGGUCAUUGGUGUCUUCUUGCUUUUAUAG